CAACCACAGGGCUGAAUGUUUCAAGAAGGUUGGAAAGCUGCUUUAUCAACAGCAAAACAUGUGACCUGUGUUACCAGACUCAUCUGUGUAUGCACAUCUGUAGGUGGUGUGGGUAUUGCUGCUACCCAGCUGUGUCAGACCGUGCAGGAUGUGACGAUUUUUGGCACAGCGUCGGCUUCCAAACACGAGACCAUCAGCCAAGGCGGUGUUACUCACCCCAUCGACUACCGAACCAAAGACUAUGUGACUGAAAUACGAAAAAUUAACCCAAAGGGUGUGGAUAUCGUCCUGGACCCCCUUGGUGGUGCUGACACUCAAAAAGGCUUUGGUUUGCUUAAACCUCUAGGCAUGCUUAUAGUCUUUGGUACUGCCAACUGUGUGACAGGCCAGAAGAAGAACCUGCUGGCUAUGGCAAAGACCUGGUACAACCAGCUCACCCUCAACACCCUGAAACUGAUGCAAACCAACAAGGCCAUCGCUGGCUUCCACCUGGGCUACAUUACAGAUGAGGAGCUCUUUGAGAGGACUCUUGUUAAGCUGAUGGAGCUGUACCAGCAGGGGAAGAUCAAGCCACGCAUUGACUCCUGCUAUCAUUUUGAGGAGGUCACUGAAGCCAUGAAGCGAAUGCAUGAUCGUCAAAAUAUCGGAAAAGUCAUUCUUAUUCCCGAGCCUAAGAAGAGUGAAGAGAAGCCGCAGUCCAAUACAGAGGAGGCGGAAAAUGUGGGGGAAAAUGAAGCUGCCGUCAGCGACCAGAAAGAGGAGGCUGCAGUGGAAGUUGAAGCAGAAAAGGAUUAAGUAAGAGUUCAUUUUAGUGGCAUUUCCAGCACUCCAUCCACAAAUCUGUCCUUUUUUUAGGAAAAGAAAGGAAAAAAAAAAACGAGAAGAAAUGUGGUAUCUUCUGUGAUUUCUGUCAGUAUUCAGCUGUUGGUUUUGUUGUGCAAUAUGUCAAUAAUGUCUUAUUGGGAACACUUGUUUUUUUGAAAUAAAGUCCACUUUAUUCUGAUACAUUUCUGAG